AUGACAGAUUUAGAGAUAUAUCGCAGCACUGUGUUACAGAUCUUUGGUCAAGAAAAUCACAAACUAGUCUUAACAUGUCGUAAAAUUGUAUACAAUGAAGCGAAACCUUAUCAUGUUUUUGACAAUUAUAGUGUAGUUGACAUCGAAGACAAAGAUCAUGCUUUAAACAAUACUGAGAAGCAAAAACUUUUACAAAUAUACGGCAUCGAGAAAUUAGUUGAAGAGUCAUCAUUAGAAAGAUCAAAUUUAAUGUUUCCUCUUAACUGCUAUAUAUUGUUUCAAAACAGAGAUGAGUUGUUAAAAUCUGGAGCGCCCAAAAAAGUUCUAGAUCAUCGGGGAUACCUUCUAAACGAGUUGGAUACUAUGAGUAAAUCAGAGAGAACAAAAGUACUGUAUGCGUCCUUGGUUUUUCUCAUGAUAGCUAACAAUAAUUUUACAGAUGAAAAGCUAAAAAAUAAGGAAAUCUUAAAUGAGAUUUUUAUUAAAUGCAAUAUCUAUGAUCAUCUACCACACAGCAGAGAGAUUCGAGAGAAACUGCAAUUUUCGGAAAAUGCUUACGUCAUCAAAACAGAUUUUGGUUUCAAAUUUCUACAUGAUUCUCUUUUUGAAAUCUUUGCAUUUCAUUUUGGUCAAGAUGAAGACAAUCAAAGUCUGCUUUUAAAGCAUAUUGACAUAGAAUAUUUAGCAAAUAACACAUAUAUGGGAGGCCUGGAGGAGGAAUCUUCUGAAAGAGACUUCCAGAUAAGGAUCUUCCCAAAUAAUUACAAAAUACUGUGUAAUAGAUUGUUUCACGCUCUUCAGGGGAUUAUUCAAUUUGAACUGGAUGUUCGUUCUGUUAAUCCCAUUCUCACUCACAAAUGCUGGAGCAAUGAAGAAUUUAUUCGCAUUUUGUUAAAAACUGUCGGUAAAAAAAACAUUGUAGAUUUGUUCUUUAAACCAUACCGUGUUUCAAAAGUCAAACCAAAAUCAAGAGCUCCAGGGAAACGUAGCUCAUGGCUUCAUAUACAGGGAUUACUAGAAAAUGAAAAUUAUGGCCAGACAGGAAUACCAGGGGUGCCAGAUGAUGGGGAAACCAGACUUAUAGAAUGGAUUGUUUUUAAAGGACAUUUAGAGUUUAUACAAAGUGUUCUUACACGUGUAUUUGAAAUAGUGAAGAUUCUAGUAGAAAAAGGUGCCAAUAUAGAAAAGUGUAACAUAAAAAAUGAAUCCCCUUUAUUUCUUGCUAUUAAGAGUGGUUCAGAGGAAAUUGUUCAUUUUUUUGCAAAUGCAAGGGACGAUAGCAGUAAUACACCUUUGCAUAUUGCAUGCUAUAGAGGUAAUACAAGUAUCGCAAAAUUGUUGGUGAAAGGAGGAGCUAAUUUAGAUGUGUUAAAUCUUCGUAAUGAGUCUCCCAUUUCUGUAGCUAUCAACAAUGGGUCUGAGGAACUUUUACAAUAUUUCUUAUUAAUAUGUCCUCUUCAAAAAUUCAAGGACCUAUUGGAAUUGUGUGUCAGCAAUGACAGUAUAAGUUCUGAUGAUUCUCGCCCGGAUGUCAAGAAUUCUGAAAUUUCCGAUAAGUUUCCAGCUUCAGCUGGUAUUGCUGCUAAGCAAGGCAAAAUGCUGCAAAGUCUCUUACAAACUUGUCCUGUUGAAAAUUUCGCGAUUUUGGAAGAAUACGGUCAAUCCUCCUUCCAGUCCGACGAUGGAAAAACACCUGUACAUAUUGCAACACACCUGGGUUGUGUGGAUAUGGUUAAAAGUUUAAUUGAUUGUGGUGUUAACAUUAAUGUUACUGACAACAGAAAUCAAACACCUUUGCAUAUUGCUUGUGCAUUAGAUGAUAGCAAAGCCGUUCAGCUAGUUGAAACCUUUAUCCAGAAUGGUGCCAACAUUAAUGCAACAGACAGCAAAAAUUAAACACCUUUGCAUAUUGCUUGUGCAUUAGAUGAUAGCAAAGCUGUUCAGCUAGUUGAAACCUUGAUGCGGAGUGAUGCCAACAUAAUUGCAACAGACAAUAAAAGCCAGACGCCUUUACAUAUUGCGUGCUUAAAGAACAAUACAAAAACUGCUGAAACAUUAAUUUCCAAAUUAUGUAACACAUCGGUUGAAGAUGAAGAGAAAAGGCUUCCAUUUCAUAUAGUAUG